GCGGCUGGUGCGGGGCAGCGCAGGCGGCUGUUUUGCAAGGCCGGAGAGUCCCGGGGCAGCUGCAACCGCAAGCGACAAAGGCGGGUCCCUCCUGCCCGUCCUUGAGGCUCGGAAGGAACCGCCCCUUGUCCCCGGGGUGCCCCUGGGCCCGGCCGGUUUCGGUUCUGCGCAGGCCGGGUGUUCCCGCCGCUCGCUCCUUUCCGGGACCACAUGACGGCCCCCCGGACGGGACAUGGCUGGGCCGGGGCACCGCUCCGCGGGGAAGCCGCUGCUGGUGAAAAUAGUGAUGGCCGGGGAGUCCUGCGUGGGGAAAACCUCCAUCGUGAGGAGGUACACGGAGCCCGGGCCGCCCCGCGCCGCCUCCUACAUCGCCACCGUCGGCAUUGAUUUUAAAGUAAAAACAAUAACAUUUAAUGAUACAACAGUGAAACUUCAAAUAUGGGAUACUGCUGGUCAGGAACAAUUCCAUACAAUUAGUACUAGUUAUUUUCGUGGAGCACGUGGCUUUGUUCUGGUCUAUGACAUAACAAACUCAGACAGUUUUCGAGGUAUAACAAGCUGGAUGAAAGAUAUACACGAGAAAGCAGAUGACGAGGUGGAUAUAGUAUUGUUGGGUAACAAGUGUGAUAAGGAGACAGAACGUGUAAUUCCAAAGGAUAGAGGAGAAAAGCUUGCAUGGGAAUAUGGUAUACCUUUUUUUGAAACCAGUGCUACAAAUAACAUAAAUAUUGAAGAUGCCUUUUCAGUAUUGGUCAAGGAAAUAUUGGACAAGAAUUCCUGCAUAUUGUGUGACUUAGAUGUGGUGGAUCUAAAUGAAAGUAAGAAAAAGAGAACUUGCUGCCAGUUAUGAAAUGCCACCUGCACUUCUGUCUUACUUCAGGAAAUGUUAACUAUUUCAUAGGAAUACACAAAGCUGUUAAAAUGAAUUUGAUUAUUUAGGCAAUUUCUUUAAGUUAUAGAAAUCUUGCUGCUGUAAGUAUUGACAUUUACAAUGCUACAGUACUAUAUAUACAUGAAUGUUCUAUUUCCUAGUUUUUAAAGUGAAGUUAAAUCAAUUAUUUGCAUUUAGGACCUCUAUGACCAGCACAGUGGGACUAUUCAUAUAUGCCAGUGUUUGCAGGAAUGGGACCUAAAUGUACAAUCCUUCUCUUGUUGAAGUUAAUAACUGCCUUAAUUUUUUUUCUUUGUCUCUUCACAUAGUGAACCCUACAACAAGGGCCCCUCACACAUACAACCCUCUGAUCUAAAUGACCAAUUUAAAAUAUUCCCAAAGUUUCCAAUACAGUCUGAAUUAAGUUUAAAUUAGAGACAUUAUCAAUUAAAUUAGAGACCAUAACUGAGAUUCUGCUGGGUCCUUGGGUGGUCACUUCCCAAAACUAUCCAGAAAAGUAUGUUGUGUUCUUUUUUUGGG